AAAUAGAACCAGCGAUAUCAGCAGACUCGAUGACCCAGGCAGAGAUAUACCAGAGCUCCACACAGCAACGAAGAUACAUCGCUUUCGUUUCGUUUGAGCUAGUCAGCAAAGAGUGAAGUUGGCAUCAACUGUAUAAUCGAGUUGAUAACGGGAACGAACAUGUUUCUUUCCGCGAAGCUAUACUUUCCUAUAUAAAGGCUUAGCAAUGCUGACUCAGGUAGCAGACGACAGCUACUACUGUGGAGGACGGACGCUGGUUGUCACACAGCGAAUAACGGCACGCCCACCUUUAAUCAAAAUAGUUUUACAGACACAUUAAAGUAACGACACAAUGGCGCAUUACCCAGGGCCAACACAGAUUGUGUUUUCCUUUGACACAACUGGCUCAAUGUCCGCUAUACUGGACGAGGUUCGAGGUCGCCUCCAGGACAUGAUACAGCGUCUUCAGGCAGACAUCCCGGGGAUAAGCAUAAGUGUAGUGGCACACGGGGACUACUGUGACAAGGACAUGUUCUAUGUUACCAGUCACCUGGACUUCACAGACAACGUCAUGGAACUGUGCAACUUCGUCAACGAGUCUGAAGGGACAGGUGGGGGUGAUGUAGAAGAAUGCUAUGAACUGGUUCUGCGACUUGUCAGCGGAUUGGCAUGGAAAGGGGAUUCCCAGAAGGUGCUCAUCAUGAUCGGAGACGCGUAUCCCCACGAACCUGACUAUCCACUGAACACAAUGAACCUGGACUGGAGAGUUGAACUACAGGACCUAGUCAACAUGGGUGUCCGUGUGUACGGCGUGCAGGUGGGUGGGGACGAGACGUCCCAGACCUUCUUCCAAGCCUUGUCCGACAAGGGAGGGGGGCAGUAUCUGAAGCUGGAGAACUUCUCCAACAUCUGCACCUUCAUCAUGGCCAUCUGCUACAGGGAGAGAGGUGAAGACUUCCUUCAGGAUUAUGAGGCUGAAAUCCGAGCAGCUAAGGGGAAGAAAUCUAUGAAUAAGGAUCUGGAGGGCCUGUUUGGAACGUUGAGGAGAGAUGAUUCCAAGGCCAGCAGUGUUGGAGGACCAGGGGCACUCAUAGGGCCACUUCCAGAUCCGAUAUCACCCCUCUCACUGUAUACACAACCAUCAUUUGAUACACUGGCACCAACCGCUGUGGUGGCAAAAUAUAAAACAAAGAAAGUAAGAAAAACAGUAAAGAAAUCAAAGCCAAGAAAGCGAAUUAAGACUGAAAAGAAACGUCUUCGAAGGGAAAAAGUCCCUCAUACCAAUUUCGCAUACAAUGACUAUCGUUGGUCACCAUGGCAACUUGCAAUCGUCCCAUCCCGAGAUCAAACUACAGGCGGAACGUGGAAAGACUUUAGGCAUGGUCUGGGGCUCAAGAAGUGUUGUCUGAAUCUCUUCAAGAAGUCCGGCAACAAACAUACAUUUGUCGAAGUUUCAGUUCAACCGAGACCUCAUGCAAAGCGACAAGUGGUCAUGUUCAAGGUACUGAAUGGUAACCUUUCCCCCGAGAACUGGUUCCGAUUGUUGUUUGGUCGGAGGAAGAUACAGGAGGAAUUAGAAAGAGUCCUGAACAGUGGGUGUAGGUUGUUUGUGCGCAAGGCGCAGUUGAAACGAUCUGGACACACAGUCAAACAAGAAGAGAAAGACAUUUCCAGUUUGUACGACUACGCCUGGCAAACGUCAGACAAAUGUCAUAGGGGCGUAUACAUAAAGAAGUACGACUUUUAUAUCUCUGGUGAUGGCCAGUGAUGUGUUGUGAAAGAGUGUUUGACUGUACGAUACAGAGGUGGACAUCUACGUGUAGGGGGACCAGGGAUGAUAUCCCAUGAAUAAAAAACAUUGUUUAUACUGUACCAGUAGCUAACCACCCUCACGCUCUAGUGGAAAUGUUGAACAUGUAUUGUGCUUGUGAUAAAACUUUUAAUUUCUAUUGAGAUGGGAAUGAUCAUUUUGAAGGUGAAGAUCAUGCUGUACUUUAACAUUGCCAUCGUGCGUUUGAAAAGGUCCAUGCUGUGUUUUUUCCUCAUAUUGUAAUAUAAGCCAUAUUGUGGAUAUGUUAUGGACAUGUUUAUGGUUACCAAAUAAAUAUAUUUGAAUGAAUAA